AGCCCGUAACAUCCAUAACAUCUUCACAACAAGAUAUUGAUGAUGAUAAUUUGGCUAGUAGCCUUGAAUUUAUAGAAAUAAUACAUAAAGAAAAUAUUGCACCUACUAUUUCUUAUGAGCGAAAGACAGAACAAGGCUUAAUUCAGGAAAUACCUGCAGGUAAUAGCCAGGAUGAUACAUCUCUAUUUACCCAAGUUCAUGACUCUAUAUCUCCGGAAUAUGCAACUGAAAUUUUGCUGUCUUCAGGUCAGGAAAAAUUGAGCAUCUUCCAAAAUAUCGCCCACUUAUAUGAAAAAGCAU